AUGUCUCAAUCUAAAUUUGAAUCAAUUAUUAAUGAAUUAGUUUCCCACAGUUCUUGUGGUGAAAUAAAAGAGGUUUAUAACGAUUUAUUAACCAUUACUGGUGAAAAUUCAAAAUCUACUAUUUUAGAUGCAAUUGAACAAUAUAACAUAUCAAAUGCAGUUCCUGUUGAUCUAGAAGGCAGAUUUGUAAUAAUUUCCAAAUACAAUAAAGAAGGUAGUAAGUUCUUUGAUCCAAAGACCUCAAACCUUUUUUCAGUUGAUCAUUUAAACUUGAUAAGUUUAGACAUUGAGAAAUCAGAAAAUAAGUUGACUGAUGAACAAGAAACUAUCGACAAAGAACUCUUAGAAUAUUCACAAACAGAUUUUCCAGGUGAUAUCACCUAUGGUGUAUUCUCUGUCCCUGGCGAACCAAAUAAAACAGCUAUACUUAUCAGUUGUAAUAGAUAUAAUACAGCUAAUUUUUGGACAGGUCGUUGGAAAUCUGAAUAUAUAUACGACAAUGAAAGCAAGAGUUUGCAAGGUUCUAUAGAUGUUCAAGUUCAUUACUAUGAAGAUGGUAAUGUGAAAUUCAAGUCUACAGAAGAAUUUAAUGAAUCUAAUGUGUCCUCUGUAGUAGAUAAGAUUAAAGAGUUGGAAAAGAAUUUUGAACGUCAAUUGGACAACUCAUUUACUGAUUUGAAUGAAAACCAAUUUAAACAAUUGAGAAGAAGAUUGCCAGUUACUAGAUCAAAGGUCAACUGGGGUAAAGCAAUUGGUAACUAUAGAUUAGGUAAAAACGCCGUUGAAGGUAACUAA